CCCGUUCCAUCCCAUUCCGUCUGCGGUCUCCGUUCCCCCGGCUCUGGCCGAUGGAUCCCGAGGCGGUGGGGGACGAGCUGUCCCGCUUGCGAGCCCUCUUCCUGGCGUGCGACGCCAGCGGCUCGGGCCGCAUCGAGCGGGAAGACUUCGCUGCUCUCUGUGCCGAGCUGCGGGUGCGGCCGGCCGAGGCCGAGGCCAUCUUCCAGCGCCUCGACAGCGACCGCGACGGGGCUAUCACCUUCCCGGAGUUCGCCCGUGGCUUCCGCGGCGCCACGCGGCGGCAACCCGGCGGCGGCGGCGAGCCGGGGGGCGAAGACAUGGAGGAGGCGGAGGCGCCAGCGGCGUGGGUCGCCGCGGGGCUGAAACAACCCUGGAAGGACUUCGAGGUGCGGCUCGGGGACGAGGCGAGGUACAUCCCGAGACAAGAGCAGGUCAGUGUUCUGUAUCAAAACAUACACAUAGCAGAACCAAGAUUAAUCCAGCCAUAUGAACAUGUCAUUAAGAACUUCAUCCAAGAGAUCAAACUUCAAAGCACAGAGAUGGAAGCUUUGGCCAUAGCGGUAAAAAGAGCUCAGGACAAAGCAGCAGUUCAACUCAGUGAGCUAGAGGAAGAGAUGGAACUACGGAUACAGGCUGCAGAGCAUAAAGUUAAAAAGGAAGAGAAGCAAAAAGCUGAAGAAGCCCUAAAUGAGCUGAAGCGCCAGUAUGAUGCUGAAGUUGGGGAUCUUCAGGUGACAAUAAAAAAACUUAAAAAGCUGGAGGAGCAAUCCAAAUAUGUCAAUCACAGGGAAGAUGUAGUUGAACUGAAAAAAAGAAUACAUGAUAUGUUGUUGGAAAAUCAGAGACUUAAGAAAGAUCUUUUAGAAGCGCAGACAAAUAUAGCUUUUCUACAGAGUGAAUUAGAUACCUUGAAAAGCGAGUAUGCAGAUCAGUCUUUGAACACUGAGAGAGACCUAGAAAUUAUCCGUGAGUAUACUGAAGACAGAGAUAAUCUGGAAAGACAAAUUGAAAUACUUCAAUCAGCUAAUAGAAAGUUACAUGACAGCAACGAUGGUUUAAGAAGUGCACUUGAAAACAGUUUCAGCAAGUACAACAGAUCAUUGCGGUUAGCAAACACCUCACCAGGAAGUACCAUUUCUAGAAGCAGUCCUAAAUUUAAUGGUGAACAUUCUCCUUUAAACCCACGGUAUGACAGGUCAUCUUAUUCGUCUUGUGUUGAUGAAGAUUAUGAUUCUUUAGCCCUUUGUGAUCCUAUGCAGAGGAUAAACUGUGAAGUUGACAGCUUACCUGAGAGCUGUUUUGACAGUGGUUUGUCUACCCUGAGAGAUUCAAAUGAGUAUGAUUCAGAAGUGGAAUACAGACAUCAAAGGACUUUUCAAAGGUCACAGUGUAUGCAAGAAGGCUUUGGUGGUGAUGCUUCUGAUACCGAUGUUCCAGAGAUCAGGGAUGAAGAAGCGUACAGUCCUGCUAACAGCACUGCAGUUUUUGACUGGAAGCCCUCACGACCAGUUAGUCGAAGCGGCUCAGUUGCUUCAACAAGGAAGUACAUAUCUGCUCUCACCCCUGAGUCAGAUGCAAAUGAAUGCACUCCAAAAUACCCCAGUUCAGAGAAGGCUUACAAGAUAGUUCUUGCUGGAGAUGCAGCUGUGGGAAAAUCCAGUUUCCUUAUGAGACUUUGCAAGAAUGAAUUUCGAGGCAAUACCAGUGCAACCCUGGGUGUGGAUUUUCAAAUGAAAAGGCUAAUUGUUGAUGGAGAACCUACAGUGCUACAACUGUGGGACACAGCUGGGCAGGAGAGAUUUCGAAGUAUUGCUAAAUCAUACUUCAGAAGAGCAGAUGGUGUCUUACUACUAUAUGAUGUAACGUGUGAAAAAAGCUUUAUUAAUGUGAGAGAAUGGGUGGAUAUGAUUGAGGAUGCAACUCAUGAGAAUAUUCCAAUUAUGAUGGUGGGAAACAAGGCUGAUCUCCGUCAAACUGUUACAGAACAAGGGCAAAAAUGUGUCUCUAUAAACUAUGGAGAAAAGCUGGCUAUGACUUACAAUGCGCUAUUCUGUGAAACAAGUGCUAAAGAUGGAUCUAAUAUUGUAGAAGCAGUUCUUCAUCUUGCUCGCGAGGUGCGAAAACGAAGUGAUAAUCAAGAUGAUACAAGAUCAGUAACCAGCCUGGCUGGGGCACCUGUCAAAAAGUCGGCGAUCACAAAAAACUGUUGCAAUGUUUAAACGACAGAUAAUUUUCCUCACCUAAAUAACUUGUACAUUUAAAAAGCCAAAAACCAAACUGAAAUAUUUCAGUAAUGUUUUCUUUUUAUUAUGGAUUUAUACAUUUGGAUAUUUAGAAAUUACACAUAGUGUUCAAAAUCCAGACUCUACUUUCUACUCGUUCAAAUUUGUGAAAUUGCUUCACCUCAUAGACUCUGUUUUCAUUUGUCUUAAGUAAUACAAUUCAUUGCAAUGAGCUCAGAAUCAAUGCCACAGUAGUCACUGCAUACAAUAUUGUAGUAUGUAUUAAUGUCUCUACCUGCAUGUUUCUUUAUGGCAUCAGUAUUUCUUACAUACAGAGCUUACUAAUAUCCACUAUCACUCACAGGUAAAGAAAAAAUUAGAGCUUCAAUUAAUUUAAUCUCUUUUUGAUCGUGUCUGCUUAUCUAGUUUUUGACAGCCUUAAGUAUAUGUUGAUGAAACAUUUCAUAAGAAAACUCCAAACCAUUGAAAGGUGGCCUAGGUCCAAGUAAUCCCUAAGUUCAGGGGAACCAGAAUGGUCUCUGUCAGGAGAAGACAGUGGCAGGUGCAUGGCGUUCUGUUGUAGUUCCUCAAAAGUUGGCUAGUUAGAAUGUAUUUCAUUUUGAGUGUUGGGGUUUGAUUAAGAAAGGAGAAGUAGACUUUACACCUGAUCCUACACAGUUCAGAGGUGAAAGAAACAUUUGUCUGGACUGUUACAGUUCAAAAUUCCAGAGAGAAUGUAACACCUGUGAUAUGUAGGAUUGCUGAAAUUGAGGCUAGAUCAUUAUUGGUAUUACAGAGUGAUAGGAGUUGUAAUCUUUCCCUUGUCUUUCAAAUAUCUUCCAUUCAGAUUGUAAUAGGAUUGAUUCUGAAGGAUUGUAAUAGCACAUAGGAGUCUGAUUUAAUGGAUAUUUUUUAAUGCAUUUUUGAAGUUUCAGUUCUGCAGGUGAAAGAAUUGCUGCACAUGCACAAGCUUUUGUAUAAAUAGUUCAUUAAAAGAGAACCCUGGAAUGAACAGCAACCACUUACCUUAAUGAGAGUUCCUUCGCCUGAUUUUAGAAAAGUUCUGAGAAACUUACUAGGGUCAGCAUCUCUAAAAACUGAGUUAUUACUGCUUAAAGUAGUCUCCAAGAGUUCUAUAGUGUAGUAAAAAAUUAUGGACACAGUUAGCAGUCAUAAUCCAGUUCCUUUUAGCGGUCACUGACUUUGAUCAAAAUAGGAUAGGACCUUUUCAGAGCCAGCAAACUGUUGUCUCCUCUGUUUCCAUUAAUAAAACAUGUCCAGGCUGAAGCCUAAUUCAGUAAAUCAGACUUGGAUAAAGUUUUAUAAACUGAUGGAGAACCCGUAUGACUAGCAGCUCUUGCUGCAUUUUAUCAGCCCUCUAUGUGAACACUGUAUAGCCUGUACUGUGUUACCUCUUGUAUAAAAUGUGGAGGUCUGAAAAACAGGAUGGUUCAUAAUUUACAAAAAAAAAAGUUUAAACUAGGAAAAGUAUUGUUUUUAGGCAUCCUUUCAAACCUCUAAUCAGAGCAGCUAAUCCUCAAGUAAUUAUCAGAAAAAUUUUUAACAAGAGAGAGAAAUCUAAUGCCAGAACAAAUAAGACAUUUUAUUUCACUAUGUAGUAGUUCACACAUAGAAGACAAAACAUGUUUGGUGGGGUUUUUUUUAAGUACUGAGAGAAUCUUCACAUGCUAUCUAAUUCCAUGCAGGAGAUUACAGGGUUAUAGCAUCUUCUCACACAGCAGUACAGGAGGCCUCACUGUAGUUCUCAGACUUAUGUGGAGCAGGUGGCAGAGAAUGCGGGACGCUCAGGUGUAUCAGGAAUAUGCCUGAUCACAUACAUACUGUUUGCUGUUAACCCUAUAUUAUUUUUUAUAAAAAAAUAUAUAGCUUCAGUUAGCUUCUUUGAGAAGAAAAGCCAUGGUUAACUGACUGCACUGAUGAGGGCCUAUUCUGUGUUCUUGUGUGAACCCUUCCCUCUGUCCAUGUGAGUGAAUGGAAGUAAAAUUAAUUUGGGAUGUGUUUGCAGAUAAUUCUUCCUGCAGCUGUAGGGAGAAGAGAGGAAGAUGAUCCAGUGCUUGGUUUCUGAAGUGUGAACCUUCAACAUGUAGACAUUUGCAUUUUCUCAGGAUGAGAUGAUCAUGAUUAUAAGCUGUUACUUAUAUUCCAAAACAUUUCUCGUUCAGUAACUUGGAGAGCCUAGACUGGGGAUCAGUGUUCUAUGUGUGUGUCCUGAGCUACUGUGUUUGACCAGUUCUGUGGUCUUGGCCGGCAGUAAAUGAGGUGAAAUGUUUGCCUAAACAUUAUUGACACACCUGCAUGAGUGAAGUGUUUUUGCUGGAUACAGAGAACCACAUAAAGUUGUUUGCAGGAAGGAUUUCUGGAAGUGGUUUUGUCCAACCUUCCAAGGACCCAAGCAGAGAUGGACUUUUGCCAGCCCUAUAUUUGGUUAUCCGUGGGUUUGGCUAGCCAGCCUGUGAAAAUGACCCAAGGCAGAGGUACUACCACCAUUCUGGGAAGCAUGUUCUCAUACUUGUCCUCUUUUUCUGGAUAAAUAUUUCUCUUCAUGUCCAACCUCUGUUUCCCAAAUGACUACAAAUUUAUGACCAUUUCCCCCCAUAAUAUCACCUCCUGCUACUAACAAGAGUUUGACUACAAUCUUGGUGGCUCCCCUUUCAGUGUCCAUAGAUCUCCCUUGGCCUUCUCUCCACCAGUGUAACAGCAUCAGGGGUAUCUCUUGCAAAUGUGGGUUCCACAUCCCAGAAUUAGCAGCAUGUGUGCAUGUGUAGUAAUUGCUUUUGUAUCUAAUAUUUUUAUCAUACAGAGGGUGCCAUGUGAAUGUCCAUGCUUGUAGAGAGGCUGGUUGAAGGAUGUGAGUUCAGGGACCUGCCUUCACAGCAGUUUUUCCCUAUCUACAGGCCACUGAUGUUUUAGGUACUUCUGUUUUUAAUUUAUUUUAAUGACCAAAAUCUAUCUUAUGUUAUUUAGCCAAAUUAUUAAAGCUGAAUGCAUUUAUUAAGCUCUGUAAUUUUUUUGUGUUAUGGAAAAAAACUUUAAUUUGAAACAGUGUUGUUUUUAAAAUAAGAUUCAGGGUUGAAGACUGUUAACUGUUAACAAAGUUUUACCUUGGAGUAAUUUUAUGAUCAACGUCUAGAUGACUUAAAAAGCACUACUAAAUGGGGAUAUAGCUAUAGCUCAGUUGGAACUUGUUUUAGAAAUCCUGUGAUGGUCAGCUCCAUCAUGUCUUGAAUGCUUGCAUAGUACCAUGUUGAAUUCAUGUUAAAGCAAAAGAACUUGGAAAAACAUUUAAAUCUAGAAAUUAAAGCAUGUAUUUAUACAUGGAAAAAAUGAAUGCAUAAAUUUUUCUGUUGUUUUGCUUUAAAAGGUUACCUUGUCUUCAGCCUAAACAGUAAAAUGGAAAACAUCAGCUUUAUGCUCUGACAUGGUUGCACUAUUGUCCUUUGAAUGUUUUUAUGGUUUUUAGUUAAUACAUAAGAACUAUUCAUUUAAUCGCACAAAUUUAUUUUUUUAGUUAGUGGAAGUGUUCCCUUAAUACAUGUAUUUAUUUGAAAAGGAAAGGUCUUCUAUGUUUUUCCUCAUGAUCUGUAAAUAAAUUAUUUUUAUUCAGUUGACAUGGAAACAUUAUUUUGUGUUUUUGACCCUUUUUAAUUGUAAUGUAUUACACAUUUCUGAGGCAAUAAUUUCUGUGACAUGCUCCAAAAAUGCUUUGAUCAUGUAAAUUCUUGUAACCACUUUGUGCCUGUUUAGGACAUAUUAGUGGCUUAAUAAGACAAGCUGCAGCUUCUAAGUUCUCUUAUGGCCUUACAUUGGUUAAGUAUUUUUCUGUGUAACUACUUUUGUAUUGACUAGAAAAUCCUCUGUUAGGAAAAAAAAUUACGGUUAUAAAUCUGUGUAAGAUGUUAAAACAUACUUUAAGGAAAAUAUCUAUAGGCUGCUCCUGCAAGGAACAUUGUUUAGCUGUGCAUACAUGCAGAUCUCCAAAUAAAGUAAUAGGUUCUGUGCCUAGUGCAGGCAACCCAUAUA